AUGAGAGGAGCAGAUAUAAAUACUACUCACUAUCUGGUAAGAGGAUAUGUAUCUAUUAAGCUUAAGUGUCCACAGAAAAGAAAGAAGCGUGUAAGACAGCCUGCUUUAGAGAACUUGCGUGAUAGAUCUAAGAGCCAGGAAUAUAGUAACAAAAUAGCUGAAAAAUACUAUACCAACGAUCAGGAGCUUGGAAACUCUCCUUUAGAAGAACAAUGGAAGAAAUUGAGAGACAUUAUAACUGAUGUCUCGUUUGAAGUUCUGGGUGAAAGGGGCCGGAAAAAGAGAACAGAACACCUCUCAAAGGAUACUAAGAAUCUCCUAAAAGAACGAGGUGAGAUUAAAAAGAAACCUAGUACUGCUGAGAAUCGUGCUAAGUACUCGCAGAUUAACGGUCUUGUUAGGCAGAACUGUAAAAGAGAUGAUAAUGCCUGGGCUGUUAGAGUAGCUGAGGAAUUGGAAGAGGCUGCCAAGCAGGGUCAACAAAGAGAUGUUUGGCAGAAAAUAAAAUCCCUUACAAACAAGAGAGUAAACAGAUCUGCGGCAGUGCGGGAUAAGAAUGGGACACUUAUAUCAGAUCCCGAAGCUCAGUCACAUCGCUGGGCCGAAUAUUUUGAAGAACUCUUGACGCCAGCAGCAGAUGCGGUGGAUUUCUCUCUAUUGGAUGAGGACGAAAAGGUACUUUCUUUUGAAUAUCUUAGUAAUGAUGAUGAGCCACCGUCCUUGUUUGAAAUUGAGGAAGCUAUCAAGAAGUUGAAGAACUACAAAAGUGCUGGAAUUGAUGAAAUUUCAAAUGAGCAGUUAAAGUACGGUUCUCCUGGACUUCUGCCUUGGUUAAAAGAUUUGUUUGAAACUGUAUGGAAAAGUGAGGAUAUUCCUAGUGAUUGGAGGAAAGGAAUCAUCACCAUCAUCCCAAAGAAAGGGGACCUCACAUAUUGCAACAACAACAGAGGGAUAACUCUACGCUCCACCGUAUCGAAGUCUGGUAUGUGUGACCCGAGAGUUGAUAACGGGUACGUUGCUCCUAAUUGCCGGAAGUCUUGUGGUAGUUGUAUUGACACAACUUACAACUACCUCACAAUGAUAAAGCCGCUGCGGUCCCACAACCUCAGGGAGGGAGACAGUCUACUGCUAGAAGCAAGAGCUCAGGGAAAUCCCAGUCCACGAGCCAGGAUAGAAUUCUCAAGGGGUGAGGGAGGGAGGAAACUGCUAGACUCGACAGUGCUGGAGGGUGAAGAUGGAACUAUCAUCGUAUCUUACCACAUACCUGAAGUAGGACUGGGGGACAGCGGAGUUUACAUAGCCACAUUUGAAAACAGUAUAGCCAGGGAAGAGACACGUUCCCAUGUUAACGUUACUCAGCGAACCAGGGAGCCAAGAUUGGAGAUAAUACGUGGGCUUGAAAAGAAAACAGAAGUAAAAAACGGAGAGUUCUUAGUCCUAGAGGUAGAAGUAGAGUGUGACGUGGUUCCUGAUUACAGUGAAAUGUACCAAUAUCGCCAGGACCAGUGGGUGAAACUUAGCGACUUCGACUUCUACUCUGUGGUUCCCGGUAGAUUCAUAGGUCGUUAUCAGGUGGUAUCAGCGAUCAGUGCGAACAGUGGAGAGUACAUGUUUACUGUUGGGAAUAGACAUCUAGUAAGGAAAUCAUUCGGCAGAGUCACUAUUCUAACUAAACAAGUGCUGCUGGAGUUUAGGGAAAACCCAGGUAACAUAAGUAUCAGCACUGGGGACAGUCUCUCCUGGUCUCUCCAUAUAGACUUCUACCCUGACCAACCCACGAUACUUGUUUACCGAGUGCAGGAUUAUUUGUGGAGUAAAGUGGAAGAUAACCUCAAGAUAGGACGGUCACGAAGAAAUAAUCAAUCACGUGACGUCAUCAAGUCACGUGAUGUCAUCAGCUCACGUGACGUCAUCACAGCGACAUACUUGACCGUGCAGUUCUACAAAGAGGAGGCUACGCCCGACGACCAGGGGAAAUAUGUGGUUGUUGCAGCUGGAAAUGACUUAAACAGAAAACUGUCGUUCUGGGUGAACGUGACCAAUAACUCUAAUGUGGCUAAUGAUUUACAGACAAUGGAAGAGGAUCACUUGUUCGAUAAUACAUUUGAUGAUGUUCCCUCCGGGUUUAUUGAGCCACAAUUUGCUGAAGUGCUCGAUAAUGUGACGAGUGCUCGAGGUAAGGAGGUAAAACUGAACGUGGUGGCGUACGGAUCCGAUAAACUUAGACUUUCUAUCUUCAAGACGGAAGAAGAUGAAGAUGUGUUGCUAGCCGCAGCAUCACCCUCGCUAAACUCAAACUGGCUCAAUCUUACUUACGUCAUCGACAAUUUGCAGCCGUUUAAUGUUGGAGAGUACAAGGCAGUGCUUUCAAACGGACCAGUAACGAAGACAGCUACAGGAUGGGUAGCAAUACAGAAUUCUGACAAGUGGACAGAAAAACAGGCACACGAAGUUGAGGGUAGCAAUCCUUCGGUUAAGAAAUUACGGAUCACGUGAUGUUCGAAUCAUCAAUAAAAUAGACCCUCAGAAUUGCACAUUAGAUAGCAUGUGUUGUUAUUAUUAAACAUUAUAUUUUUAACAGGGAACAGUAGUAGUAUGUGUUAUGGUAACUAUGGUUACCAUGGUUAGUAUGGUGAAUUAAUAACAGUGUUCAGCCUAUAUCUGACUAUUUUAUGGAUAAUUAGUGUAAAUUGGCAGAC